GAAGCUAAGCUACCAACUGUCCAGCUGAGAAUUAACAAUGGCGCUCACUAUGGUUAGUCUCGCCGCCAUCGCCGGGAAGCCCACCGCGGCGUCGGCUCAGCUCGUCGCCGAGGGGAGGGAGUCGGCGGCCCGCCUGUAUGCCCUGCUGGUCGGCUCGUCGGCGCUCCACGGCCCUGUGGGCCUCGCCGAGCAGAUCCUCCUCUGCUUCGACCGCGCGCUCGCCAAGCUGCACGGCGUCAACCUCGCCGGAGCUGAGGACGACGACGACGCUGCCGGCAACGGCAACGGCAGGAAGCGCAAGCCGGGGCGUGGUCGUGGCUUGACUGCCGCUUCAGCUGCAGCGAGCUCCAAAAGGAUGAGGGUGAGCAAUGCUGGAGGAAAUGGAGCAAGGAUUGAGAGGAAAGCGACAAUGGAUGACAAAUUUCUGUGGAGGAAGUACGGGCAGAAGGAGAUCAAGAACAGCAAGCACCCGAGGUUUUACUACCGGUGCAGCUACAAGGACGACCAUGGCUGCACGGCGACGAAGCAAGUCCAGCAGUCGGAGACGGCGGACGACGACACUGCCUCGCCCGUCUACAUCAUCACCUACUUCGGCGAGCACACCUGCCGCCAUGGGGACGACGCCGCCGCCAUGGUCGUCGACGGCGGCGAGGAGGAGGAUCAGCUCUCGCCGGCGCAGAUGGUCAUCAGCUUCGCUUCCAGCAACGGCGGCGAUGCUUCUGUGUCCUGGCCGUGCUCCGGCGACGACGCCCAGAACAACAGCGAGACAUCGCAUGAAUCGAGCCCGCCGGAGGCGCCGGCCGGCGAGGAAGAACGUCUGCGGCCGUGCACAGCCGCCGGCGUGUCUGACGAACCGAUCAUGGAGUCAACGCCGCCGGCGCCGGAGCUUCUUGCGGAUCUGAAGCCCAUGGAUGGGUGCCUCCUUGACGGCGAGAGCUUGUUUGGCAUGGAUGAACUCGUCUACUUUCAUGAGCUCUCAGCUGCUCUCGGCCUACUCGAUCGAGACUGGGGUGCGCCAGUAUAGAGUGACAGACAAAAAUUCACUUGUCUGGAUUAGAAUUUUUUUGUUCAGGUAUUCGCGAAUUUGCAGUAGAUUUGGAUCAUGUAGUAGAUUUGGAUCGGAUCAUGUAGAUUUUUUUCAGGUAUUUCGUGAAUUUGCAGGAUGAGUCACUCAGGCUUCUCAAUUUAGAGUCUGCAGGUUGAUAUAUAUGACAUCAGGUGAAGCAUGUAAUAAGUUGUUCGUUAAAUGAGAUUCUAUAUACAUAUGCGCUUGUUCACUGAGAAAGUUUGAAGUGUCUAAUCCGAGUGUGACAAGCCACCCAUGUCACGGUUUUCUUUGUAUUUCGGUGGAAUAUGGUAUUUAUGUGUUUGGAGAAAUGUUUCUCUCCUAAUCUUCGUCGCAAACGAUAAUACUAUUAUGUUUCAAAAGUAUGAAUCAACA